CAUUCAAAUUCACAUUCAUGCCACCAACAUUGAUUCAAUUCAUUAACCCACCCCCUCAUUCCCUCGUGCCCCUCACGUGCCCCCUUCAUGCACAACACAACACACUCACACACUUCAACUUGAGACACUAUAUGAUCUGAAGCACCAUUUUCCCUCUUCUUUUUGUCUUUCUCUCUUUAACAUUAACACUAAACCAAACCCAAUGGCUUCUCCGCCACCCUUAUCGCUAAACGUCGUCGGAUCAGACAUUGACCCAAACACUAACACGUUCCCCACCGUUACAAGUUCGUUAACGCCGCCAUCACCACGCCGUUCAUCUCCGUUACAGAACCUCAGCCCCAGCAUUCUGAUUAUCGUCACGGUCCUCGCCGUCACCGUCAUCGUUUCCCUCGCUCUCUGCUUCCUCCUCCGCCACCUCAACCGCCGCUGCCUCCGCCGCUUCUCCUCCUCCUCUGCCGCUCCCUCCGCCGCCGCGACGCCGAUUUUCGCCUCCAGCCGCCGCAUCUCGCCGGAGAUACUCCACUCCUCCGCCUCCGCCUCCGCCUCCGUGAUCGACACGCUCCCGCUCUUCACGUUCUCCUCCGUCACGCGCCGCUCCGCCGCCGUCUCCGGCGACUGCGCCGUGUGCCUCUCGAAGUUCCACCACCACGACCUCCUCCGUCUCCUCCCGCUCUGCUGCCACGCCUUCCACGCCGAGUGCAUCGACACGUGGCUCCAGUCGAACCUCUCGUGCCCGCUCUGCCGCUCCACCAUAGUCGCGGACGAUUCCGACCUCGCUAAGAUCCUCCGGCCGCCGUCAUCCGCCGGUAGCAGCGAUAGCUUCCGCCUCGAGUUAGGAAACAUCAGCCGCCGCGGAACCGACGGCGCCGCCGAAGGCGGCUCCGUGGCGCGUGGCGGUUCGCGGUCCUAUUCCAUUGGAUCGUUCGAGUAUUUGAUCGACGACGAAUCGGAGGUUCCGUUCAGCCACGCUCGCCGGAGGAGCGUCGAUGAUGCGAAGGAGUUUCCGGCCCCGGCGGAGGCUCCGGUGAGUCACAACGAGGCGAGUCUCGCCGGAGAAGUUGGCGGCGUUAGAAGCUGGCUUAAGGAGUACAUGGAUAGGGUUUCCGUUUCUAUUUCAUCUCGAACGGCGUCGUUUCGAGGCUCUGGAAGGUUCUUCAGCGGUGGCGGGAGCAGUGAUCGCCGAAGCGACAUCGUUCCGGUCGCUGCUCCGGAGUACGACGCUGAAGGGAACCGAAUUGGCGAAGAGAUCAGCGAAAUGUUUCGUUGGCUUUCAGGGGUAUGAUAGGUAAAUAAGAUGAACAGUUAAUUAGGAUAUAUUUUUAAUUUUGAUUAAUUUUUUAAAUCAUUCUAAAUAUUCCUUGCUUAUUUGGCUUCCACACGAAUAUUUCCCUCUUUAAUUUGUUUUUGGGGUACUUACAAUAAAGUUAAUGUAACUACAUGUAUGAAUCCGUGUAGAUAGGAUGAGAGGGGCAUAAGAAUUUCGAAUUCGGAUCAUAGAAUUGUUUUAGAAAUACUAUAUACUAUGAUGAUCAUAUUAUGAUUAGAUGAAAAGUUACAAGAAUGAUUUUUAAAAUUA